CGUCGACGCUUGCGCGGUCGUGUCGUGUGUGUUGUGCGAUGCGGUGACAAGCGACGUUUGUUAUCAGUACCGUGGUCGUUUCAUUCCAGUCAGUUUCCCCGCGCCCGGACGCGGUUCGUGUUACGUCACGGGAAAGCGAUAUAUAUCGGUUCGUUCUCGUUUGUGCCGUGGGAGGUUAUGUGUGUGUUGAUGUUUGGAUCCGGAUCAACAUAACGGAAAAUACCUAUGGUGACGUCACGGUUGAUAACGUUGAUAACGACGGAUUCGCGCGCGAGCCACGCGGCGAGCGAACCGAUCCGAACCUAAUUUCAUCGCGGAUUUGUCGUCGGUGGGUGUCGUUAAAAGUUGUUUCGUGUUUUGACUAUUCUCGAUUGUCAUUUCGAUCGGGUUGGAGCCACGGAGUUUUCCGAAAAAAAACCCGGAUAACAUGCUUUUGACUCCAGUUUCUACCGGUUUUUAGCUCCAAGUUUUUAAAAAGUUUUGAUUUUAUUCAAUUUUUUUUUCUUACCAUCUUUUCGACCUAGUUUGAGUUGUUGGGAUGUUCAGAAUAAUAUCCCGUAAGACCGUUUAAUCUUCAUCGGAUUUAAAAGAUCGAGCGAUACCUGAAGUUUCAUGUUCUUGGCAUAUUUUUACGGUUGUUUUAGUCGAAUUUGAGCCUCGCAGUUUUCAAAUUUUUGUGUCUUGACCGCGUCUCAGAGGAAAUCAGCUCUUAUAAAACAUACUUCUGCUGGGCACGCUCUUGAUCCAUCUCACUUUUUUCCACGAAAGAGCUCACCGAUAUUUUCGCAACGAGGAUGAAAUUUCACUCGUUCGUAAGCUCGUUAUUUGUGUUGUGAAGUGCGAGAGUGACUUUCGCGAGAACUGUCGGAAUAGUUCCUGUGACCGUAUACACGAUGCGUUUCGUAACUUCUGUUGUUUGGUGUUGACGAAAAAUCGCAAUUUGGCACGGCUCGGAAAUAGAACUUUGGAUCUUGAAUGGAGGAGAAAGUAUCCGAGCGCGAAAGUUUUGGGUCCGUCGUCAGCGCCGGCGAGAUGCCGACAGACAAUGAUCGAUGAAAAUCCAGGAGAACCUAAUUGAACUAGAGUCGCUAACCGAAACUACCAUGCUGACUCACUACCCACCGCCGCAGUCCGAUUUCGGCUACCCUCAACAGGGGCUCCCAUCCAUAGACAAUGUUGAGGCACAAUCGUGGUUCUCAAACUUCUUACAGCCUUCGCCCGAAGGAGAUGACUCGAUGCUUAUGCUGCGGUCCGAUGAUCAACAGUCGAUACAUAUUCCAGACUGGCUCUCCGGCCCAGUCUCCGAUAGUGAUCAGAACGUUUCCGAGUCUUCGUUAUUGGCUUUGCCAUGCCCAGAGCAGGAGGGAGUUCUAUCCGAGUCAAGAACUUCUCUCCCACCCAUCACAGAAAUCCAGGCGGAAGACCUGCGACUGAUCUCAGCCGUGCUGACGAACGUCAAGGAAGAGCUAAGCGCGGACCUGAGCCUGCUGAGCGACGAGAAGCUGAAGCUGCCGGCGUCGAGCGAGGCGGGGCCGGGGGCGGCGGCGGGGAAGAACGGCGGGAAGCUGCCCGGGUUCCACCAGGCGUUCGGCUCGACGGAGAUCGGGCGCUUCUCGCAGCACGAGGAGUACUUCGAGGCCCCGCAGGAGGAGGACUGCCUCGGGCUCCACAACGACCUCAUGUCCAAAGUGAGUCCGGUCCCUGUGAGCGCCCCUGCGAGCCGGCGGGGGCGCGGCGCCCGCAACGGCACCCGCCGCACCAAGGCCCAGGAGCGCAAGCAGACCAAAGCCGCCGCCAAUAAUCAGCUCAGCCCGCCUCAAGAUCCAGCAGCGCUCCCAGGUAACGAGCCAUGCAAGCCGCCAGCCGGCUCAGGCCCGAUCAAGAUGGAGAAGAAGGACUGGGAGAUGAGUGGUCGGGACUGCGACUCGAAGCUGAGCCUCGGGCCAAACCAAAGUCAAAACCAAAGUCCAAGCCAAAGCCAAAGUCAAGCCCGGAGCUUGCACGAGUCGAGCUUCACCGGGACCAACGGCUUCGUGCCGCCCUCGCCGAGCCCGUACUACAACCAAACGCGGCAGGACCGCUUCGCCCACCCCAUGCAUCACAACUCUUACUACAACCCCCACUACUGCCCCCCGCGCUCGAGCCAGAUCCAGGAGCGCUUCGUCCCCGGGAACCCGUACCACUUCCAGGGCGGCGACUCGGGGCUCCAGCCCUACCAGUCCUCGCAGUGCUGGAACCAGUUCAAUGUCUACUCCGCGCCGUCCAACGCCCACCAGUCCUACUCCGGCAUGAUGUCCUACUCCUCGCCGGCCUGCGACGUCGCGUCGGCCGAGUACAAGAGCUACUACUACAACAACUACUCCAACUGCACCGAGUUCGAUUACCAGAACUACGGGAGCUACCACUUCCAGCAGCGGUCGCACCCCUACCGCAGGAUGAGUUACCAGAGCCAGCCGGCGCUCCCGUCCUUCAACAACGAUAGGCUCCAUUACAAUAUUUGAUUAAUUCGUCAUAAGUGAAGACUGAAAUUGGUUGAUCAAACGGAAACGUAUCUCAGUUUAUGUUAACGGAACCUGAGCCAUUGCCUCCGGGACGGCUGCAAAAAUAGUCUUUGCUCGUCUGUUACUAUUUAUUUUUAAACUCAUUGUUAUGUAGUUUAUUAUUCGUGUGAUAUUAAGUAAUGAUGUUAAUUAAGUUGAAAAGUUUACCAAAUAUUUGAACCCUCUUGAACAAAUUUUCAAAAUGUAGGAGAGGCAAGAAAAUUAUCUUGCCUCGUAACAGUAGAAAACAAAAGCACGAGAGGGUACCUACCUCCCUUUUGUUGUUUGAUUGUCCUUAAAUACUGUUCUUCGGUAAGGUGGAGCAACUCAGUGAUACUCUCAUGAAAGUUUUUUUUUUUUUUUUUAACAGAGUGGAGAUACAUUCACAAAUGCAGAUCGCGUGUGUCGAAAAAAAAAGUGAGCAAUGUGUCGUCCGUGUGUGUGUACUGUCAUCUACCAAAAGUGAAACAUUUGACUUUUCACGGUCAUCGUGUCCAAAAGAUUCAAAUUUUUCAGAUGAAAAAAAAACUAAAUACUGACAUUUUGAGAGUAGAAGUACAGUGGCUAAAAGUGAAGGUUUGAUUUAACUUUUAGUGCGUGUAAAAUAAAUAUACAAGUAAAUACCAUGAGAAAUUAUGAUAACUAGACGUAUACAAAUUGCUUCUAUACAUGAAGCGUGAAAUUAUAUUUACUUUUAUUAAUGAAUAAUAAAAAUAGUAAAAUUUUUAUAUUUUUUAAUUUUCAGCUUGUAUUCUUCCCUAAAUCGAAGCCUCAUUUUGUCAGUGGCUCAAAACAUGUAAAUGGCCCCCUUACUUAAACACUGCUGCAUGAGUCAUCGUACAUUUGAUUAAAACGGUUUGACGAAUAAUGUUACCUUAAAGAUUGUACUGUUAUGUCCUUCAAUCAUCGUGAUCUUUGAUACUGCCCUUGUUAGGUUUGAAAUCUUAAAAUGACCCUCGUGAGUCGACUAUGUCUUUUAAUGUAGUAGUAUGGGGUCUUUUAAGCAAUAAAAUCUUAGACUCGAGUCAUGUGGAAGAAUGCGGCGAAACUUAUUCCACGGACUAGUUUGAUGGCCCUGAAAUAUUACGCACCUCGACUUUCGUAAGUUUUGAUUUACCCCACAUAUGAACCGUAAACUAUUUAUUUUAAGUAUCUGCUAUCAAAAUUAUUCCAUUGAAAAAAAUUGAGAAGUUACCUGAAAUCGUAAUUCUAUUCACUUAAGCAUUUAAACCAAAAAAAUAUUUGAUUUUGAAUAUGAAUUCAAAAAAUUUUCAAGUAUUUCUUGUGUUUAUAACAGCCGCAAUUAACUUUUUCCGUUUUACAUCAGUCUUAUGGAGAUUGGCGCUCAAUUGGCCGGAAUGUGACGAAAUGUCCCGGUCGAUUUUUGAAACUUCCUCAUCACCGAGUUGAAUUCCACCUUGCCUUACUUAAAAAUUAAAAAAUACCAAGAUUAUCAUGUUCAUUACUUCUUUGUUUGUUUUUUGUCUCCUCUAAGUUGUAGGUGCUUAAUCUAAUAUUGUUACUCUAUCCUUUGUUACCAUCUAGUUAGAUUCAAUACGAUUUCUUUGUGAACUGCAUAUUUCUUUAGCAAUAGAUCAUAUGCAUUGGUAAGCUCCGAAAACUUAUGCAAGAUCCCGGAAGAUACUUUGAACCACAACAAGCACAUAAUAAUUGUCAAAAAAAAAGGAGGAAAAAAUUAUGUUACAGAGAAUCUUUACCCAAAGAGGUUUGUAACUAAGUUUGGAUUUUUUUAUGUAGAAUCACAUUGACUUCCCUUAUCUUUUUGGACAAAUACCACACGUAAUACAAACCUACAUAUCGAAUCGACCGUGAAACUGCAAAAAUGAAUAUCUCGGUUUGCGGCGCUGCAGAUACUUCCUGUCAUAAUUUAUUUUUUGAAUAGAAAAAUACUCUACUUCCUCUCGCGAAAACUUUCUUCAUUUUUCUUCUCUGUUUGAGGAAUAUUUUGUGAAAAUUUUAUGAGAAAAAUCUUUAACUCGUUGUCCUUUGAUAAAAUGAAAUGGGAGUGAAGAUCUUUAAAGGCCACAAACGAGACAAGCUGCUUUUUGUACGAGGACUUAAUCUAACCCAAGCAAAUGCCAUUCCAUUGUAUUUUACUGAGAGUGAUCAGUCGUGUAAAAAUAAUUUUGGGAUCCCUCAAUCAUCCGAUGAAAGUGACCGAAUGUGAAGAAUUAUUAAAGAAAUGGUAGGAAACGCCUCCAUGCUUCAAAAUAUUAAUGCCAAAAAUAACGCACCUCCUUUCUCGUUACCAGCACUUUAUAGUCUACUUGACAAAAUCAAGGCAUCAAAAAAGUCCACCUGAAAUACAUUACCUAUUGACAAAGUCUCAACCUUCAAUCAACAGAACUUCCUGAAUUUAAAUACUGUUAGUCCAAUAUGUGAGAGGUUUUCAAAAUGCGUCGUAUGUGAUACAUACUAAUUCAAUAUCUUGUGCCAUACAAAGGUACUGUUUCAUGCUGAAAAAAAAAAAACAAUAGAAGUUGAUUUCUGUCAAACCUUCCUUGAGUGCAAUCUAGGUUUUUUCUCAUAAUUGUUUCUUAAUCAUUCGUAUCAUAUAUGAUGUAUUUCAGUUUAAUAACAAAAAUACCUCCCUUAUAAAGCAAAAAAAAAUUAAAUGAUAUUUGAAGAAACAAGAUGAAAAAAAAGAAAAUAUUCAUACGUAGCAUCAUCCAAAAAUAUCAAAUUUUCGGAACACUCUCUCAAAAUUUUUAAGAAAAAGAUACAAAAAAUAAGGUACAUAUUCAAGAGGACAUAAGUUGGUUGAAAUUGAUAAAAAAACAUAAGUCUCACUUCUUUCUUUGUUUCCUCUUUUUUGAUUGUCAAGGAGAAAGAAUUUGUAUCUUUCAGACCAUGUACCUAUUUCCAUUUUCAGCCCAAUCUAGUAAAGAAAUUGCGGCUUUAAAAGGUUGAGAAAUAGAUUGCUUAAGUACUAUUUCAACAUUGGUUUUACUUUUCCGCAUCAAGAACUUGGUUAUGCAAAUUUUCCUGGUAUUUCCUUUUCUUUUAUUUUUUUAAAGAAUAAUAUUGAUGAAUACCAACUUAGGUACAUCAACUUCUGUUCUGUCUAUCAAUUUUAGGCAAGGUCAGUACCUAGACCUUACACCAUCCCAACGGCUCAUCUUCCCCCUUUUGCUAUAUCCCGUACCUACUUAUUUUAAAACCGUCAUACCUACGUUAAACACUUCGUAAACUAGUAACUUAUCUACUUUUUAACCUUAAUAAAUUUUAGGAAUAUGAAUCCAACGGAUGACAGUUUUUAGACUAAGAUUAUUUUCUACGGGACCAAAAGUUUUAAAAUGUUUGUUCAAAUACUUAUUUGAAUAUUUUGUUCUUAAAUAUAAUGAGAGAAAUAAAUAGAUGAAACUGUCACAUGAAAAUUUGGUAUAAGAUGGUUUACCUUUCUUAGGUCAGAAUACAUUUUAGAUUCAUCAGCCAAUCACUUCAGCUAGUUCUGAGUUGGUCUUUGCUUCAUCCAAGAGCAUAGAGAAAAUUGCGAGUUUGAAAGAAUAAUUUGUAUGAAUAAAUGACGUUCAUGCUCUCAUGUGUUUUCAUUUGUGUUGCAUUAAGCGUUUAGCUGAGUUACAUACAUUAUGCUAGGUAAUGGAAAUUCGCUAAUGACUUUCACCUCUCUUGUUCAGGAUAAUUUUCAUGAUUCGAAACAGGGUUUGAAGCUGCUACAUUUUAAAUCACUGCAACGCAUCUGUAAUCAUCGUACUAGAGACACAUUGUCUGACUUUAAAAACUAUUAAAGCUUUACAUAUCAAUUAGUAACGAAAA